AUUUCAAUAGCUGCAGAGCCUUCGCGAUGUCAGUUGCUCGAUUAUACACCGUAGGAAUCUCACCACGUAACGAGUCACAAAUACAAAGUGAAACAAUGGCAAUUAUUUUGCACAAUACGUUUUUCACUGGUAACGACGAAUACUUUCGAUAGGAGUGUUCGCGAAAAUUCGACCGUUAAGUUUUUGUGACGUCACCUGAAUUGUUUGUCGAUCGUCGAUUGUUUAUCCAGAGAUGCCACCGGUCACAGAUCCCGCUAGAAUCUGAUUGCAUCUCCUAAUUGAGUGCACGCGAAAAUUCGACCGUGAAGUUUUUGUGGCGUCACCUGGAUUGUUUGUCGAUCGUCGAUUGUUUAUACAGAGAUGGCACCGGUCACAGAUCCUGCUAAAAUCCGAUCUCAUCUCCUAAUUUCCGCAAUUAUACUCGCGGUGAUUUCAACCGGGUUUACCGAGGGGAAGAACCUGAGAUAUCGCCGCGGUACGAAUGAGUUAAGGGAAUCAUACAUCGUCCAUUACAACAACAAGGGUGAACCACUCAGUGUUGCUGGAUUUGACGAGUUUAUUCGUGUCCUUAACGGAAAACAGGCAGCUCCCGGUCUCUCGUACUCAUCGUAUGCCGAAAACUCGCCGUUUUCGCCUCCUUCGCCCGAAACGACGGCUUUGAAACCGACGACGACUACCGAGGCCACGACUUCCCAUCAGCCGAAGCCGUUAGCAACGGGAACUUUGACAACUCCGUAUUCCAUAGUCAUCGCGACGGGAUCCCCUGAGCCUGUGCACGUCAACGUCGGCUCCACCGAGUCCCCGUUAAAGGUGCCUCGUGAAAUGUCCGGUAUCCCGGCUCUGCCGGAGGUUCCUGUGUCAACGGACAAGCCUGCGCUGACCCUAGCACUAGGACACGACACAGCGGGGAUCUCAUCUCAAUCCUCGGGGUGGUCGCAGUCAUCGGUCGAUGCUCCAAAUCUGGUUACACCGACCGAGGAUUCAUCGUCCAAGACGACGGCUUCAAGCUUGAGAUUCCCCAGCGGGGCUGAGUUUCCUUCAAAGGUGAUUUCCCUGCAGCCUGCAGCACGACUCCAGACGGUACUGAAUUACGUUCCUCCAGCAUCAACGUUGGCUGGGAUCGACAGCUACGUACCGGCGAGUCAAACCGUGACUUACGCAAGCCCAUUGACGGCGGGAUUUCAGAAAACCUACGCUUAUUCCCACCAGCCGGAAGUUCUCAACUAUGCUUCGUAUCCGGGUCAAAACGUCCCAGCCGGUAACGUGCCCCUAAUCGUCCGGCAGUCGCCACAGCUCAUUGACAUAGGCCAAGGCUUAGGUCAGGGCUACGGAUCCGCCCCGCAAGAGCUUGCCGUAAACUUGGGCGGAUGGGGUGGCAUCGAAUACGGCGGUCAGCGUUCGAUUUCCCAGGCGAAACCCGUCCCGGGUAUCGCCAAGUUUGGAUACGCGGUUCCCGUUUCUUCGCCUGCCCUUUCCAAGGUAUUCCGGAAUGUCUUUCUCGCGGUGCUUCAAAAGCGGAUGGAAAAAUGCGUCGUGGGUUACCAGAGCAAGAGGUUACUCUGCGCGAGUCUUCGAGUCCCCGAGCGACGUUCACGUUGUACUUGCUUACACAUGGCAUAAAUCGCACCAGGCCUUAACUGCUAGCUGUUCCCUUAAAUAUGUCGGCCGCAUCCAGCCGGUUGUGCGAACCGGAACGAAGGGGAGAAAGAAAAAAGACCGGAUCGCCAACAGGUGCACUUCCCCCGUCCAAGGCUA